AUGAGGAGCGCUGACGGAGGUUCCUUGGUCCAUCUAGAGCUCUCUCAUGUGUCCGAGGAGCAGCACGCGGCUGUGGGCGGGGCGGGGCGGCUGCUUGUACACGCAGACGACUUGCGCUUGCUUGGCGGGCCCGGGACGCUCUGCACGGUGUCGGUCGUUGCUCCCGGAGCGCCACAGACGGACAGUCCGUCGCCGGGCGGCCGCGGGAAGCGGGCAGCGAAGCGCAACAAGGGCGCGUCGCCGCUGCGAGACAGUUCCGCGGCGGGCGACCCGGCCGAGCCCAGCCACUCGGCGCUGUCCCGCGCGGAUCUAUUCGCGCCAUUGGAAGUGCACGCGUCCCCGCGCGUCGCACCGGGCGAGGCCGCCGUCGACGCGCAGGGCAGCACGGACCUCCACCUCCCCGCUGCCGGCGCGCGCCUGGCCGUCCGCGCGGCCGCGGGCGCCGCAAGCGCGCUCGAUGCCGCCGCGCACGCCUCGCUGUUGCCGGAGCACCGCUGCACGUCGGUGCGGCUGUCCGCGACCGACGCACCGCCGUGGCUCUUGGACACCCUCCACGACAGCGGCGCAGCCAAGGGGAACUCGUCGCGGGUCGUCAGACUGCUCCUGUCCCGGCUGCUGUCAGGCAGGCCAGUAAUGCUGCGUCAGGUUCUGCGCGUGCACGUCAUGGGGCACGCGGUGCUCCUGCGCGUCCUCGAGAUGGUCUGCGAGGCUGCGGACCGCGCGGUUGGCGACGCGGACGCGCUGUGGUGCUGCAGCGACGUACGCGUCGACGUCGAGGUGGUGGGGCCGGACACAGCGGGGGGGUGUCUGACGGACGGCGCCGCGCUCGGGGCCAAGAUCGAGGCCGCGGGGCGCGACGCUGGCGGGGAGGCCGGCGCGCGGGCCGCGGGGGCGGCGUUCGACGCGGGCAGGAGGGGGGCGUCCGUGAAGCUGUCGGACCUGGAGGGCAUGAGUCAGGUGACUGACGAGCUGCGGAUGACCGUCGUCCCGGCGCUGCGGGCCGCAGCGGCGUCGGCGCAUCGCGGCGGCGCGGGGGUGCUCAUUUGCGGCCCACCAGGCUCGGGCAAAACGGUACUGGCGCGGGCGGUCGCGGGGGAGGCGGGCGUGCCGCUGGCGUGCGUGAGCGGGCCGGACAUCGUGUCGGACCACGUCGGAGAAGCCAGCCAGGCCCUUCGGGGAGUGUACGCCGCCGCCAAGGCGGUGGCGCCGGCGGUGGUCUUCCUGGACGAGGUCGACUCCAUGGCGCCGAAGAACGCGGCAGCGGGCGGCGCGCGCCUCGUCUCCUCGCUCCUCAGCGAGCUGGACUCGGUCCGCCAGGGGCGGCACCCGGUCGUGACCGUGUGCGCGAGCAACCGUUCCGAGGACAUCCAUCAGUCGCUGCGCCGGCCCGGGCGCCUCGACCGCGAGAUCGACGUGCAGCCCCCGAACGCGCGCGAGCGCCUGAGCAUGCUCCGCACGCAGCUGCGGGGGUUCCGGCACCAGGUGCCUGACGCGGUCGUUGCUGACGUGGCGGAGUCGGCGCACGGGUUCGUGCCCGCGGACGUCUCGGCGCUGGCGACCGAGGCCGCGAUGACCGCGCUGAGCCGGUGGGUGCGGGAGUCUGGCGGCGCUGGCGGCGCGUGCGAUGCGCCGCCGCCGACGAUCACCGCGGAGGACUUUCUCGCGGCCAAGGCGCGCGUGCGGCCGACGGCGAUGCGCUCGGUCGACGUCGAGGUCCCCAAGGUGUCCUGGUCUGACAUAGGGGGCCUUGGCGACGUCAAGCAGCGCCUGCGGGAGAUGGUCGACUGGCCCUACACAAAGAAGGACGCCCUGGAGAGGAUCGGGGCGUCCCCGCCGGCAGGAGUGCUGCUGUACGGGCCGCCCGGGUGCUCGAAGACGACGCUGGCGCGGGCCGUGGCGGGGGAGGCGGGUCUGAACUUCAUCAGCAUCAAAGGACCGGAGCUGCUCAGCAAGUACGUGGGCGAGAGCGAGAAGGCCCUGUCGGCGCUCUUCGCGCGCGCGCGUCGCGCGGCGCCAGCGAUCAUCUUCUUCGACGAGAUCGACGGCCUCACGCACGGCCGCGCGACCGAGGCCGCCCUCGACGCCGCGGGCGGGGACGCCGGCGCCGCGGGGUCGCGCGUCGUGAGUCAGCUGCUGGUAGAGCUAGAUGGGGGACUCUCGCGCGGCGACGUCGUGGUGCUGGCCGCGACGAACCGCCCGGACCACGUCGACCCCGCGCUCCUCCGUCCAGGGCGCAUCGACCGGCUGCUGUACGUCGGUCCUCCGGAGCGCGACGCGCGUCUCGAGAUCUUACAGGCCCACAUGCGCAAGAUGCCCGUGGCGGACGACGUGCGGCUCUCGGACGUCGCCGAGCUCUCGGAGGGCUACACAGGGGCGGAUCUGGCCGGGGUGGCGCGGCAGGCGGCGAUGCACGCGCUGGCUGCGUCGGACACGCACGUGCGGAUGUGCCACGUGGAGCAGGCGCUGCACGACGUCAUGCCGUCGCUUGCUACGACGUGA